GUAAGGAUGAGCGGUGCAGCAGACAUGCAGGAAGGCAAUCGCCAGGCACUGCUGGUGGCCAAGAUAGUCGCCAUGGUGGUGCUCGUGGUGGUCACAGUGCUGUGCGGCAGCCUGCCCUACGUGCUCAACAGGUGGUUCCAGUGGACCAAGCAGAGUCCGGAGGAGACCCGCUCGUCGACGGCGGUGCGGUGCCUGCUCUUCUUCGGCGGAGGCGUGCUCAUCUGCACCACCUUCCUGCACAUGCUGCCCGAGGUGAUCGAGGUGGUGGACGCCCUGCAGGAGUGCGGGUCCCUCGCCGCAACGCCCUUCGCUCUGCCGGAGAUGCUGCUCUGCACGGGCUUCUUCCUGAUGUACGGCCUCGACGAGCUGAUGACCAACUUCGUGCGGCGCCACCAGGAAAGGCUCAGCCGGAAGGAGUCGGUGGCCAGUCUGGCCUUCGAAAGGGGCCGCAGCAUCCGGCGCAGUGUCCUGGUCAAUCCCCCAGUAAAGGCGGCGGAACCGGUGGUAAAGGUGGAGCCCCAGCCGCCGAAGGAUCAUCACGGCCACUCGCACAUGCCCGUGCCUUCCGGCGGGGGAUCCUCGGCCAGGGGCCUGGGCAUCAUCCUGGCCCUCUCCCUGCACGAACUGUUCGAGGGCAUGGCCAUCGGACUGGAGAUGAGUGUGAGCACGGUGUGGUUCAUGUUCGGAGCGGUGGCCGCCCACAAGCUGGUGCUGGCCUUCUGCGUGGGCAUGGAGCUCCUGGUGGCCCGCACUCGCAGCUCGCUGGCCAUCGUCUACCUGGUGACCUUCUCCAUCGUCACGCCGAUCGGCAUCGGGGUGGGCCUGGGCAUCAGCCAGCAGGUGGCGGCGGGUCAGCCCAGUCUGCCCUCCGGAGUCCUCCAGGGCAUCGCCUGCGGAACCCUUCUGUACGUGGUCUUCUUUGAGAUCCUCACCGAGAGCCACGCGGGCUGGCGAGCCCUUCUCGCUGCAGUCGCGGGAUUCGCCCUGAUGUUUGGCCUGCAGAUUCUUUCGGACGAAGCGGAGGGCGAUGACAGCCUGACUUGUUCCUAGGAUUCGUUCCGACACUCCUGCAUUGCAGAAACUAGAAGCAAAUAUUUUCGACCCUAUGAAGUAUACUUAGUCUUUAUCAGACUCAACAUCCUAUCUAUUUUAUAAAGCUGUCAUCUUAUUCAACGAAUCGCAAUGGAGGAAGGCUACCUAUUAGCCGCAGAAUCUGAUCCGAUUAACCAAUGAGAACAAAUUUUUAACUAAUUCAUAGUAAUUUUUCCUUUUUUAGAAUAUUAUAAUAAAAUAUAUUUUAA